AACAUAUGCCUACAACCAAAAAAACCAAAAACACAUGCAGCAACAUCUGCAAAAACACUCUCUAUCUGCCGGCCAAAGUCAGCCAUGGCUGGCCCGACCGCCUCCUCCAACUUCUCCCUCCCUCUCCUCCUCCUCCUCCUCGUGGCCCCGGCCUCCGAUUGCCGUGCCGAGCCCGACCCCAAGGCCGCCCUCUUCGCCUUCGGCGACUCGUACCUCGACCCCGGCAACAACAACUACAUCAACACCACCGCCCUCGACCAGGCCAACUUCUGGCCUUAUGGAGAGACCUACUUCAAGUUCCCGACCGGGCGGUUCUCGGACGGCCGCUUGGUAUCGGAUUUCAUCGCUGAGUACGCAGGGCUGCCGCUGAUCCCACCGUAUCUUCAACCCGGGGUUCGCAGCUGGAGACACGGAGCGAACUUCGCAUCCGCCGGCGCCGGUGCUCUGGCGGAGACGUUCAAAGGGUCGGUGAUUGAUCUCAAAACGCAACUGGGUUAUUUCAAGAAGGCGGCGACCCAAUUGAGACAGGAGCUGGGGGAAGCCAAAGCGGAGUUGACAAUAUCGAGAGGAGUUUACAUGUUCAGCAUAGGGAGCAAUGAUUACAAUAGCCCUUUCUUGACUAAUUCCACCAUCCUGAGCUCCUACUCCAAAUCGGUGUAUGCGGGGAUGGUGAUUAGCAACUUGACAAAAGUUAUCCAAGAGAUAUAUGGAAUAGGGGGAAGAAAAUUCGGGUUCAUGAACCUACCUCCAUUGGGGUGUCUUCCAGGAAUCAGGAUAAUCAAAGCAGAGCAGGGAGGGAGGUGCUUGGAAGAAGCUUCAUCACUAGCAAAUUUGCACAAUCAUGCUCUCUCUAAACUCCUAGCAAAACUUGAGCAUCAGCUCACAGGUUUCAAAUAUUCCCUCUAUGACUUCAACAGCAACCUCAGACGGAGAAUGAAUCACCCCCACAAAUACGGUUUCAAGGCAGGGAAAGUGGCAUGUUGUGGAACAGGGAGAUACAGAGGAGUAUCCAGCUGUGGAGGGAAGCGGAUAGUGACGGAGUUCGAGCUGUGUGAGAGUCCUGGUGAGCAUGUGUUUUGGGACUCUUUCCAUCUGACUGAGAGGAUUUAUGAACAGCUAGCACGUCAGAUGUGGAAUGGAGAUGGCAUUCGUUCUAGCUCGAGCCCGAACAGUCUGAAAAAUCUCUUUGAUGGCCUUUGAUUGAAGGUCUUUGACCUUAGUUGGUGAACCAUUAUUCCAUUUGAGAUCAUUGAGGCCUCAAAUUAGCUGCCCUCCAAUGGCGAAGGUUCAGUAUCUCUGUCAGAUCAAUGGGGGAAAAUGUCGAGGGCAUAUUAGAGAGAGGAGAAAAUUACAGAAAAGGGAAUUAAUUAGUAGAACUAGUUGGAUACUUAUUCUUGAUGUGUUGAAAUAGACCUAUAAUUUCUCGAACUGCUACAAUUGAACAGUGAGGGAUAGCUAAGUCAUGAAAUCUUGCAUUGGACUGCAUCCACAAUUUGUUUUUGAUCACUUAUGUUUGCAGAAGACGGGCAUGCCUACUGCAGUCGAGUGCACCCUGCUCUGCUUCUUUAACACCGAAAAAGAAGAGAAGUCGGUUCAGCAAGCAAUCAGAAAAACAUGCCUUCUUCGGGCUAUUCCCCCU